ACACAAUCGUGUUUAAGAAACCCGUCCAAUCAAAUCGUUUAAUUAUUUUGACAAGCGUAAGCUUUGACCAAUAGAAACUCUGUAAACAUUCCACAAUGGGGCGGGACCAAUGGUAUCCUAUGUCAUUAAAUCACUGCGCUUUGUUUUUCUUUUGGGGCACAAKACGGAGAGGAUUAUUGAAUAUUUAGCGUUAAUAGCCCAGGUUAAGUUUACCCUAACGUUACGUUUGCUUUAGCGUAACCACAGCCCUUCAUCUUGUGUGGUUUGGCUCAUAUUGUCUUCGGAAAACUGGUUUGUUUGUGGGGUCAAAGACGGAGAGGGUGUCCUUACUGGAGCAAGGAGGAAUUCCAGGCGCUGGGAAAGAACGGGAAGAAAUCUCUGCUAGGAUGUUUCACGCCAAGUUGGAAAACAUUAGAUAAUAUGAUUUAUAUCCACUACGAGUCGCCUUAAACCUGAAUUAUGUGUUUAAUAUUCUGAUAUUUAUUACCGGGAAUACUUUAGUGGCUUUGUGGCAGUUUAAAGUCUCAGUUUUAGCCUUGAAUUAGCCACGUAGCUCGCUGCCUCCCUUUAGCAGCAAGGCAUUUAAAAUGGCGGAAGGUUGGCCCAUUCCUUCGGCUCUUGUUGUCGUGCUGCUGAGUUUCAGUGCCUGGGCCACCGACUSUUGUCCGGCUUCGUGUUCCUGUCCGAAAGGACAAGACGAGGUCCACAUUCUGGACUGCAACAGGAGGAGGCUGUCGAGUGCUCCCCUGGACCCCCCAGAGGGGAUAACCCAAGUCACGAUGAAUCACAAUGAGCUGGCUGUUUUUCCCUUUCUUGGAACCGUUUCCUCCAACAUAACCUCGCUUUCAUUGAAUUUAAGUAACAAUAAAAUCAGCAUCCUCGAACCUGGCUGCUUUGAAAACAUCUCCAGCUCCCUGUUGGUCCUGAGGCUGAACAGGAACAGAUUAGUUGUGCUGCCACCCAAAGYCUUCAAGCUUCCACAGCUUCAGAUCCUAGAAAUGAAGCGCAAUAAGAUCAAGRUUGUGGAUAGCUUGACAUUCAAAGGGAUGGAUUCACUGAAGUCGCUGAAGAUGCAGAGAAAUGGCAUCACAAAGCUCAUGGAUGGAGCCUUUUUUGGACUGAACAACAUUGAAGAAUUAGAGUUGGAGCACAACAACCUGACUGAAGUCAACAAAGGAUGGCUGUACGGCCUCCGCAUGCUGCGCAYCCUGAGAAUCAACCACAAUGCUGUUGGCAUCCUCCGACCUGAUGCCUGGGAGUUUUGCCAAAAACUCGAGGAACUAGACCUGUCCCAUAAUCGCUUGACUCGACUCGAGGAGACGGCUUUUGUAGGAUUAGGUCUCCUGGAGAACCUGAACCUGGGGGAGAACUCCAUCAGCCACUUGGGAGAGGGAGUGUUCAGCAGCUUGGCAAGUCUGCACAUCUUGGAUAUCCGCAAUAAUGAAAUAUCCUGGGCUAUAGAGGACUCCAUUAGUGUUUUUGAUGGAAUGAAGAAGCUGAACACACUAAAUCUACAACGAAACAAAAUCAAAUCAAUCACCAAGAAGGCGUUUGAGGGCCUCGAGGAGUUGGAGCAUCUGGACCUGAGUAAAAAUGGCAUCAUGUCCAUACACCCUGAAUCGUUACUACAUUUGAAGCUUAAAGAUUUUGUCCUGAACACGAGCAGCCUGCUGUGUGACUGUCAUAUGCAGUGGCUGGGUCCCUGGUUGACAGACAGACAGUUCCAUCAAUCCGUCUCGGCUUCCUGUGCCCAUCCUGCCAAACUCCUGGGUCGCAGCGUCCUGUCAGUCAGCCCCGAGGAGUUCGUUUGUGAUGAUUUCCCCAAGCCUCAGAUCACAACUCACCCAGAGACGGCUGUGGCCUUACGGAGCAACAACGUGACGCUGAGCUGCAUCGCAUCCAGCAGCAGCGACUCCACAAUGACCACUGCGUGGCGGAARGACGGGGAGGUGCUUUACGACGCAGAAGUGGAGAACUAUGCCAGAUACCAAGAAAGAGAGCUCAUCUAUACCACCGUGCUUCACCUCCCUAACGUCAACUUCACUGAUGAGGGCUCUUACCAGUGUGUUGUGUCCAAUCACUUUGGGUCCAACUACUCCAACAGGGCCAGRCUUACAGUCAAUGAGAUGCCAUCCUUCCUUAAAACUCCCAUGGAUCUAACAAUCCGCACUGGGACCAUGGCCAGGCUGGAGUGUGCUGCCGAGGGCCAUCCAUCACCACAGAUCGCCUGGCAGAAGGAUGGAGGCACUGACUUCCCAGCGGCCCGAGAGCGCAGGAUGCACGUGAUGCCGGACGAUGACAUCUUCUUCAUUGCCAACGUUAAAACCGAAGACAUGGGGGUGUACAGCUGUACCGCUCAAAAUGCAGCUGGCAGUUUGUCAGCAAACGCUACUCUCACUGUCCUGGAAACUCCCUCCUUCAUGCGGCCUCUUGAAGACCGAAGUGUGGCUCGCGGUGAGACCGCAGUCCUCCAGUGCAUAGCUGGAGGCAGCCCUGCCCCACGCCUCAACUGGACCAAAGACGACGGGCCGCUGGUGCUGACGGAGCGCCACUUUUUCGCCGCCGCCAAUCAGCUCCUUAUUAUCGUCGACGCCGGGCCGACCGAUGCUGGGAAGUACACCUGCAUCAUGUCCAACACGCUCGGCACAGAACGCGGCCACAUCUACCUCAGCGUCUCACCRUCGCCCAACUGCGACACCGGAGCUGUGUACAACCAGGACGGCUGGACCACCGUGGGCAUAGUGGUGAUCGUGGUGGUGUGCUGCGUGGUGGGAACGUCGCUGGUGUGGGUUAUUGUCAUCUAUCACAUGCGCAGGAAGAGCGAGGACUACAGCAUCACCAACACUGAUGAAAUGAAUUUGCCAGCAGAUAUUCCCAGCUACCUGUCCUCUCAGGGGACUUUGUCAGAGCCUCAGGAAGGCUACAGUAACUCUGAGGCCGGCAGCCACCAGCAGCUCAUGCCUCCGCUCUCCAACGGAUACGUUCAUAAAGGCACAGACGGAGUGUGUUACGGAGACACGAGCAACGAGAUGGAAACCGACGCGAACGGCAUGCUGCACUGCAAGAUGGGCUCUCUGUUCGCCGGCCGAAGCAGCUUCCAUCCUGGGGAUUCUCACGAGGGAUUAGUAGGAGUGCCUUCUGGUGGCGCAGGGCCUCUCGUCAUCUGCUCCGACUGCUACGAUAACGCCAACAUCUACUCUCGAACGCGGGAGUACUGCCCUUACGCUUAUCUGACGGAGGACGAUCAGCUAGACAAGACUCUCCCAGGCCUCAGCGAGCAUUCCCAUCUGGAGGACGCCACGCUGGAGAGCCUCAUACGCAGCCAGGAYCCCUCGGUUUACCUCACCCCGCACGAUAAAAGAAUUGGCAGCCUCGCUGCUCCGGAGCAUUAUCUUAAUGAUUCUCUUAGCAGAUGUUUCUGGAGAGAAGAAGACCCAUCCCUUAAAGCCCCACCAGGAGCAUCCCAGCUCUUAGUAAAACCACACAGGACACCCACUCUGACCUCUGCUGCUGACGGGACAGUGGAGCAGAGUGAAGCAGAGGCUAGCUAUAACUCUAGUAAAUGCAGCCAGGACCACAGAAGUGCCUCAUACAGGACUAACACGCAGGAACAUCCAGCUCCCACGUAGGAUCUUUAAAACCUGCACCUCCUUCCUGCUCCCCCACUUUUACCCACUACCUCCAAAGAGAUUCCUCACAUUCUGCCAAAGAUGCUCUCGUAUGUUUACAUUCCCCUUUCAGUCGAUGCUAACAUCCUCCACUGUGGUGGGUGGGGGUCGACCCCUGCUGCGUCAGGCUGGGAUAAACCCACCGGUGAUUAAAGUGACCUUCCUGACAUUCCCUCCUCAGGAGCACUCUGUCCACCCCCCCCCCCCCCCCC